AUGAGUAAGGGUACUGAAGAUUUGCCUAUAAUCCAACAUAAAUACCAAAUUAUUUCUACUAUAAAAGAAAAUGAUGUUAUAAUAAUUACUGGGGAGACAGGAAGUGGAAAAACUACGCAAAUCCCCAUUUUUUUACAUGAAUCUGGAUUUACAAAUAACAGAAAAACAAUUGCAAUAACACAGCCAAGACGUAUUGCUGCUAUAUCACUAGCAAAACACGUCUCAGCAUUAUUGAAUUCUAAAGUUGGUGAUAUUGUUGGAUACUCGGUAAGAUUUAGAAGUGCAGUGUCUUAUAAUACAAGGAUUAAAUUUUUAACUGAUGGGAUGUUAAUUAGAGAAUGUAUAACUAGAAAUACAACAUUCGAUAAUUACUCAGUUGUUAUUAUUGAUGAAGCUCAUGAAAGAUCUAUUAGAACUGACUUUUUACUUGGUAUAUUGUAUAAUGCACUAUUAUUAAAUAAAAAAGUUAAGAUAAUUAUUAUGUCUGCAACUUUUCAAUAUGAGGAUUUUGUGAACUUCUUUAAUAAACAAAGUUCAGAUACUAAAAGUUUUAAGAUAAAGUGUUAUAAUAUCCCAGGACGUCAAUAUCCAGUAAAAAUUUAUUAUUUACCUGAACCUGAAAUUGACUAUAUAGAUGCUAUAUUAAUAACUAUUUUAACAAUUCAUUUUACCAAACCCAAGGGAGAUAUCUUAGUAUUUCUACCAGGUCAAGAUGAUAUCCUACAUUUAUAUGAUACUCUAACUGAAAAAUCGGAUCAAAUUAAUGAAUUUUUAAAACUUAAUGGACACGUAGAUGUAUAUAUUGGUAGUCAACAAUCAAAAACAUCCCAAAUACUGAGAAUGUAUAUCCAAUGUUUAUAUUCAGCUAUGACAUCUGAAGAACAGUCAAGAGUAUUUGAUAAAAUACCAGAUAAUCACCGAAAAAUUAUAUUGGCAACAAAUAUAGCUGAAACAUCAGUUACACUACCAAAUAUAACUUAUGUAAUAGACUCAGGACUAGAAAAACAAAAAUAUCAUUUUGCAGAAACUGGAUUAGAUGCUCUAGUUGUUCAAGAAAUAUCGAAAACAGCAGCAAUACAAAGAGCUGGUAGAGCUGGUAGAGUAAAACCAGGUGAAGUUUAUAGAAUGUAUACUGUUGAAGGAUACGAGCAAAUGAAGAUAUCUCCAAUACCUGAUAUACUGAGAACUAGCUUAUCUGAAACUAUUCUUGAACUUCUAUCAAUAUUAGAAUUAAAUUUUGAAGGUGAUGAUAAGGAAAAACCAAGUAUUACUGGUUUAAACUAUAAUAUAGCAAACAAAAUUUUCAACUUUCCUUUUGUUAGUCCCCCAAGAAAAGAAUCUAUUAUGAUGUCCUUACAAUAUUUAUAUAGAUUAGGGGCUUUAGAUAGAUCUGGAGCUAUUAAUGAGUUAGGAUAUAAAUUGGCAAUUCUACCACUACCCCCUAUAUUAGGAAAGCUACUAUAUGAUAGUAUCUCACUAUAUUGUACUUCUGAAAUUCUUUCUUUAAUUGCUAUGCUAUCAUCAGAGUGUCAUAUUGAGUUUAAUAUAAAUUCUUCAAAAAAAAGUACCAAGAAUAAAAAUAGUAAGAAAUACUCUUCAAAUAUUAAAAUUGUCAUGUCAUUAUAUGGUGAUCAUAUUGGAUUAAUUGAAUUAUAUAAUCAAUGGAUAUCUAAGGGCAAUAUAAAUAUGAGUGGAGAUUUUCAUAAAUCAGGUUUCAAUAAAUCUGCUUAUAAUUUAACUAAAGAUCAAAAGUCCUUAUGUAAUGAUUUAGGUAUUUCCAACACAUCCCUUAUUCGUGCAUAUUAUAUUAGAAACCAAUUAGCUGAUUUAGUUAGAUCUGUAUUUGGUGUUAAUAGUAUUAGUAGCUGUUUAAUAACAAAAAAUGUAAAUGAUCAUGAAAGUAAUGUUGAAUCUGACAUAUGGUUACCAGUACUUAAGUGCAUAACAAAAGGACUUUGGAUGCAGAGUGCUCGCCUUGAUAAUUCAGGUAAACAAUAUAUAACUGAGUUAAAUAAACAAACUAUAAGUAUACAUCCAUCUAGUAGUAUACAAUUUAUGAAAAAUAAACCUCAAUGGGUCAUUUUCUCUGAACUAAUAUACACAAGGAAGAUGUAUAUUAGAUGUAUAUCUCCAAUAAAUGCUAAAUGGUUAUCAGAAUUAUGUCCAAAUUGGUUUGUAAAUACAAACACAAAAUAA